UUCCAGCUGACGAGUCGUGUGGCUGCAGUUACUGCAGCAACAAUUCUCGUCAUGGGAUUUGUUUUGUGUGUGGUUUUAUUUGUCAGGUGGACGGCAGCAGUAGAAGUGGAUCAGAUCUGUAAAACUGAGCGACUGAAGCUGACGGAGCGACUGCAGAACUGCCAAAAGGAACGUCAUGAUGUGAACCUGAUGCUCCUCACGGUCACUCAAGACUCCAGGUGCAGCUUGUGUCCAGACGGCUGGCUGUGGUGGAGACGUCACUGCUACUUCUUCUCAGUGGGACAGCAGGACGACCGGCGGUGGAACGAGAGCGCAGAGUUCUGCCUGCAGAGCAACAGCAGCCUGGCGGUCAUCACAGACUCUGCAGAGAUGGAGUUUCUUCAAGGAGUGAUGAGGAGGUUCCAGCAGGUUCCCUUCCUGUGGGUGGGGCUGACUGACGCCCAGCAGGAGGGACAGUGGAGGUGGUGGGACGGGACCGACCUCCAGCACUACAUGCCGGUGACGGUGGAGUGGGAUGCAGACUACAGGGACUGUGCAGACCUGAGGGGAGGGGGGAGUCUCUUCGCCGCCAGCUGUGAAGCUUACGGACCCUGGGCCUGUAAGAGAGACUCCUGACACACUUUAUACAUGUCUCUAUGUACAGCACGGGUCUCAAACUUGUGGCCCGCGGGCCGAUUGCGGCCCUCGUGACGAUAUUUUGUGGCCCCCACCUUGAUAUGAAAGUUUAAUGUGAGUUUUAUAUGAAUGGCACUUUACCGUGUUGUGUGUGGAAGGUCCCUUUAAUUACUUUUUUUUGGUAAUUUUAUGUCUUUUUUUGGUAAUUUUAUGUCUUUUUUUUGGUAAUUUUGUGUAUUUUUUUUAAAUAAUUUUGUCUUUAAAAAAAAUUGUGUC